AUGUCAAGUGUACAAGAACAGUAUAACGAUAUUAUGAGUAGUGAGGAUGACGAUGUUGAAAUGGUAGAUUCUGAGAAUGUCUCUGCAACUGUUGGUUGUGCACCUACAGCUAUUUCAAUUGGAAAGAAAGGAAACAAUUCAAAGAAAUCUCGACUUAGAUCUGAUGUUUGGGACUUUUUUGACCGCGUUAAAGAGAAAGAUGGAACAGAGAAGGGAGUGUGUAAGGCUUGUAAAUUUGGAUAUAAAUAUGAAAGCAGCAAAGGCGGAACCUCAUCUAUGAGAAGGCAUGUGUGUCCUCAGCGUCAGUCUAAGGACAUAGGGCAGAUGAUGUUAUCUGCAAAGAACGGCCAGCUGUCUACCCGCGUACGCAAAUUUGAUCAAAUGAAGUUCCGGGAUCUUCUUUCAACAUUACUCAUUGCAAGAAACGUCCCAUUUUCGUUGGUGGAAUGGAAAGAAUUUAGGGAUAUAUGUAGGAUGUGUCUAACAUCUGACAUGUGGACUUCUGUUACGACUACAGGGUAUAUAAGCUUAACUGUGCACUAUCUUGAUCAAAAUUGGGAGUUAAAGAAGUAUCUUCUGAAUUUUUGUGAACUUCCACCACCUCAUACAGCUCUUAUCGUAAAAGAUGGACUUAUGAAGAUUGAUCCAGCUGUGCUUAAGAUAAGAAAGUCUGUGAAGUCCCUUAAAAAGUCUCAAGUAAGAAAACAAAAAUUCUUGGACAUUGUUGAUGCUUUAGGAAUGUCUGGAACAAGAAGGGGUAUUCGUCAAGACGUGGAAUUCAACUUAUCUCAUGUUGGACAGCUGUCUUUUUAUAGAGUUGUUUUUGCUCAUUUAAAGGAGGUGGAUCCAGACUAUGAAGACUGUCCAACUGAUGAAGAAUGGGAGAAAAUUGAAGUUGUCACAAAGUUUCUCAAGACAUUUUAUGAUCUCACGACUUUAUUUUCUGGUAGUAAGUAUCCUACUUCCAAUCUUUAUUUUGAAGGAGUUUGUCGAGUUCAGGUGUUACUCAAAAAAGAAAGUACAAAUGAUAUUGAUUACAUUAGGGAGAUGGUAAAAGAGAUGCAAGAAAAAUUUAACAGUUAUUGGACGAACUUGAGUCCUAUAUUGGCUAUUGCACUUGUGUUAGAUCCUAGAUAUAAACUUCAUUAUCUGAACUUUGCUUACUCCAAGUUGUAUCCUGAUGUAAGAGUACUAGAAAAAAGUUAA